AAAACACAGAAGACACACCCCCUUUUUCCACCAAAGCAAAGCACCACAGAAGUCCGCUUUUCACUCUUUUCAACCGUAUCCACGUGGGCCGUUUUUACGAAAUUUUCAAAAUUAUUUCUUUAACAGCGCGAAUAUUUAGAAUGGCAUCCGCGUCGCCGCUUGUUGUGCAGCAGCUAGAAAAUCGUGCUGUCAAUGCCGAGCGCAUGAUAGCGGCCCUCACACAACAAAUUAAUGACAUAAAGAUCUACUGUACUAACAAAGAUGACAGUGAGCAGGCAUUGAAACUGGAAGCUGAAAAUAAAAAGCUUGCAGCGGAGGUUGAAGCCUGCAAAAAGACAUUGGUUGAACUUGAAAUCAAGAAUGGAAAGAAGCAGAUUCCACUUCCUACAAGUGGCAGUCCUCAAACUCAGGCCAAUUUACCUGGAAAACUGGUCACUGAAGUGAAGCAAGAAAAAGCGAGCAUUGCACCCCAAGAAAAAAAUCAGAAGACGGCUCAAAAAGAAGCUCCUCCAAGUGAAGGCAAACACUCCGAAGGGGGAAAAGCUGGCAAAAAGGAAAAGCCAAAGAAACCUCAAGCUCCAAAGCAACCAGAAAAAGCUGAUGACGAUUUGACCCGUCUUGACCUCAGAGUUGGAUUGAUAACCAAAGCGGAGCGACACCCAGAUGCUGAUUCACUAUAUCUUGAGACCAUUGACGUCGGAACAGGCACUCCUCUGACAGUGGUAAGUGGCCUGGCAGGGAAAGUGCCUUUGGAGGAGAUGCAAAACAGGCCAGUCAUACUCCUCUGCAACCUAAAGCCUGCUAAAAUGCGAGGCAUCGUCUCUCAAGCUAUGGUCAUGUGUGCCAGUGAGCCAGGUGGAAGAGUAGAAGUCCUUGCUCCUCCUCCCGGUGCUGUCCCAGGAGACAGAGUUGCCUUAGAAGGAGAGGAAGUAGGACAACCUGAUACUCAGCUCAAAUCUAAGGUUUGGGAGGCUGUGGCAGCCAAGUUGAGGACGAGACCUGACCUCGUUGCUGGUUUUGAUGGCAAGAAGCUGGUUGUCCCUGGAAAAGGUGAAAUCACAACCAGCAGUCUUGUGGACGUGCCAAUUAAAUAAAAAUUUACGUCCGCAUAUCUAUGAAAAGCAGGCAUUCAAUAAAAUUUAUUAUCGAUUCUUGUAACUAAA